AUGGCUGGCACAAAGCCCAAGUACGACUUUGGCGGGCCGCUAGGCGCUUCGGGCAUUGUCUUUGGUCUCCCUGUGCUGCUCUAUUUCUUCUACUUCACUUGCAACGACGCCACCGGCUGUCCCGCGCCAGCGCUCCUUGAGCCUCACUCUCUCACCCUUGAAGAGCUGAAAAACCAAAUACCAUGGCCUGAGGAUGGCGUCUGGGGUUUUGCCAGUUGGAAGGCCAGUGGGUGGGUGAUGGGCUACUAUUUGUUAAGUCUGGUGCUAUAUCGAUUGCUUCCUGGACAGGAGCUCUACGGCACAAAGCUGAGAGAGUCCGGCCGGCCUCUCAAGUACAAGCUGAAUGCGUUUUCUUCCACACUGGUCCAAUUGGCCGCAUGCGCGGUGGGAACUCUCUUAUACGGCGCUGACUUUGCAGUCUGGACUUUCAUCGACGAAAACUACUUGCAGAUUUACACAGCCAAUCUCAUCCUCGCAAUUGUAAUCUCUGUGUUUGUGUUUGUACGAAGUUUCAGUGUCAGGCCAGGCAACCCUCAAUUAAGGGAGCUCGCCCAAGGCGGCCACACUGGCAAUAUCAUCUAUGACUUCUUCAUCGGCCGCGAAUUAAACCCUCGCAUCACGCUGCCCUUUUUCGGCGAGAUUGAUAUCAAGGUUUGGCUUGAAAUGCGACCGGGCUUGACUGGUUGGCUUCUGCUCGACCUUGCUUUUGUUGCGAAGCAGUAUCGCACCUACGGAUACGUGUCAGAUAGCAUCCUUUUCAUUGCCGCUGUUCAAGGAUACUACGUCCUCGAAGGCCAAUUUGCUGAAUCGGGAGUCCUUGGAAUGAUGGACACCACCACAGACGGUCUAGGAUUCAUGCUCACCUUUGGUGAUAUUGUUUGGGUGCCAUUCUUGUACUCUACCCAGACGCGGUACCUCUCCAUCUUUCCAUUGCAGCUGGGCUGGGCGGGAAUCGCUGCCGUGUCGACGGUAUUCACCGUUGGAGUGUACAUAUUCCGCGCCUCAAACACACAGAAACGGGUCUUUCGCACGCAGCCUGACCACCCCAGCGUCAAGGACAUGUCGUAUAUCCAAACCAAAAGGGGCACAAGGCUUCUCGCCGAUGGCUGGUGGGGAGUGUCGCGCCACAUCAAUUACUUUGGAGAUUGGCUUCAGGCGUCGCCUUUUAGUCUUCCCACUGGUGUGGCCGGAUACUUGAUCCUCCCUGCUGGGACCGUUGCGACUGCGGGAACUAGCGUUGCUACGAUGAUGGAUGGUCGGGAGGUGGUUCAGGGUGCGGCACGAGGUUGGGGCAUGAUUUACACGUACUUUUAUGUCGUGUACUUUGCUUCGUUGUUGAUACAUCGCGAGAGAAGGGACGAUGCCGCGUGUGCGGAAAAGUAUGGCGAGGACUGGGAAAAGUACAAAAAGACUGUUAGAUGGAGGAUCUUACCAGGUGUUUACUGA